AUGAAUCCUGACACGGCGUCUUCGCAACCGUCGCUGGAUCGCGCACCAUCGCAAGGUUAUGUAUCUCCAGGAUCAGAGACCAGGAAAUCCUCCACCAGCUCCGGGAAGAAGCGAGCAUCUCGCGCAGGCACACGGAGUGUAACCACUCUAUCUGCAGCUCAGCUCGAACGGAAACGUGCCAAUGACAGAGAAGCCCAGCGAGCGAUCCGGCAACGGACCAAAGACCAUAUUGAUCACCUCGAAAGGACAGUGAAUGACCUACGAGGAAGCCAGGAGCAGAGCGAGAAGAUAGUCCAUGCAACCCAACAAAGGAAUCGCGAGCUCGAGGAUGAGAACGCUUACCUUCGAAGUAAGCUCAACGAAGCAGGCUUUAACAUGAACCUUAUGGCAGACAGUAAGUAA